AUGGUAAGUACAGCGGAAGAAGUGUGUGGAACGAUAAAAAGAGGUAGUAGUAAAAGAAGAGAUGCAUGGUGGAAUGAUGAAAUGAAAGAAGCUGUAAGGAAGAAGAAGAAAGCAUGGUUAGACUACUUGGCCUCUAGUAAUGAUAAGGAUAUGAGAGAGAAGAUGAAAGUAAGAUAUAAGCUGCAGAAAGUUCACACGAAAGCAUUGAUUGAGGAAGUGCGUGAAAGGUGUAGAAUGGAAGCAGACGAAAGGUUGUCGCACAAUUUUAAGGAGAUCUCCAAACUCUUCUGGAAAGAGGUUGGAAGGACCCGAAGUGGUGCGACGGCCUUAAGAAUGAACAAAGUGCUUUCGAGAACCAAUGACGCCCUCUCAGAAAAAUCGGACGUUAUGCAGCGAUGGAGCGAAUUUUAUAGAGAAAUGUAUGCAAAAUAUAAUAUGCUUACGUAUCUUGGCAGUUUUCUGUUUUCUUUAACGGUUUUUCUUUUAGGAUCUUCUUUGGAUGUGUUAUUUAUUAUGAAAUACUGUUGCUCUUUCCAAGACAUGUUUCUAAAGUGA